AUGUCGCGCGCGCUCGAGGACGACCACGGCUCGUUCGCCGUGAUAGAUCUCGUCGCGCACCUGUACCGCGGCGGCGCGGAAGAUCGAGGCGCGCUCGCGAAGAUUUGGUCGCGGUACAGCGAUGCGACGGUUUCAGAGCGGAAGACGACAGGUUUCGAGAUGGUGCGCAUGCAUCACGCGACGCUGACGAGGAUGUUUCGAGACGACCCGGAUGGGGAUUACUUAGAUAUCGAAGACGUGCGCAUGACGUGGGAAGAGUUCGUGGACGCGCUGAGAGACGCCACGGGGGCGUCGGCGGAUGAACCGGCGUCGCCGGAGAACGCGAAGUCGUACGACGCGCUCGAACGACCGGUGAUGCAAAGAAAUCAAUCGUUCUCGAACUUGGCGAAGGAUUUGGAGGAAGUCAUCGCCGCCGCGCGCUCGCCCGGGACGAGCGCGGACAACACGCCCGAAGGUUCGACGCGUGGGAUUCAGAGAAUUUCAUCCUCUGGGAUGCUUUUGGGCAUCGGCUGCUCGAGCCGCGAACCGUCGCUUCGAGGCGGCAACGCGUUUCACGCGGGCAUGACCGUGCGCUCGGAAGAUUUGAAGAGUCGCCUCGAGAAGAACGCGACGCAGUGA